GAGUAUAAAGAGAGGGAAUCGAUCAAAAUGCCAAAGUAACCAACCAUCGACAGCUUUUAGCCGCGUGAGGUAAGGUUGGUCGGUCGAAGACACUUUCGAAGAGAAAAAGGAAUCAACAAAGAAGAACGAGGAGAGAUCGAAGAGGAGCUCCCCCAAUUUCCUCUAGUAAUUCUUUCCAUCAUAUCACUCAAGAUGAGUUUUCUCUUCGGCAAGAAGAAAACCCCCGCAGAGCUGUUGAGGGAGAAUAAGAGAAUGUUGGAUAGAUCGAUAAGGGAAAUCGAAAGGGAGAGGCAAGGACUGCAGACCCAAGAGAAAAAGCUGAUCACAGAGAUCAAAAAAGCAGCCAAGCAAGGGCAAAUGGGAGCUGUAAAAGUGAUGGCCAAAGAUCUUAUUCGAACAAGACAUCAGAUCACAAAGUUUUAUGCACUCAAAUCACAGCUCCAAGGUGUGUCUCUUAGAAUUCAGACAUUGAAAUCAACCCAAGCUAUGGGUGAGGCUAUGAAGGGUGUUACCAAGGCAAUGGGACAGAUGAACAGGCGGAUGAACCUACCAGGCUUGCAGAAGAUAAUGCAAGAAUUUGAGCGGCAAAAUGAGAGGAUGGAAAUGGUAAGUGAGGUGAUGGGAGAUGCCAUUGAUGAUGCCUUGGAAGGUGAUGAGGAGGAAGAAGAAACAGAAGAACUUGUGAACCAGGUCCUCGACGAAAUUGGAAUCGAUAUUAAUGCGGAGCUUGUCAAAGCACCAACAUCUGCGGUGGCUCAACCAGCAGCAGGGAACAAGGUUGCUCAAGCUGAAACAGCUGGGACUGAUGACAGCGGAAUUGACAGUGAGCUACAGGCAAGAUUGGAUAAUCUAAGAAAAAUGUAAUUAAUCUUAAUAGUGUGUGACUUACGUGAGGAUGCAAUGGAUCCCUAGCAUCUAGCACCAUGUAUAAUAGUGUGAUUUUGAAAAUUUCGUCCAUACAAUAAAUUAUACUGGUGUAUGGUGUUUUGAAGACAUCUAAUACAUUCAUGCCUGUAGUAAGCCCACCAGUUCCAUUCUGGUUCUAUCAGAGAAACGUUUCUAAGAUUUUAAGAAACAGGUUUUAGAUGAAAAAUUAUCAUAUUAG